UUCAUAGACCUUAUUCUUGUCAAGACUCAUAAGAAACAUUUGAGACUGAGCCUGUUCCUUUUACUUUUUCUUUUUCUGAAAUUGCAGGUAUUUAGGGAGUUUUUCAUCCACGCGGACAGCCCCCGCAGACUCCGUCGCGGUGACUCGACUGUGGUCCAAUACAGACUCUUCAACUAUCUCUACGAACCGCUAACUGUCCAAAUAGUAGUCCUCACAGACCCUCACUUGGAGGGUCCUGCUAACUACGUGGAGAGGGCCUGCGUGCUCGCUCGCUCGUCGAUUGCACGUCGCGUUUCAAUCCUGGCCAAGUUGCCUGGAGUCGCGCGACUCAGCAUCAAGGCGACAUCUGUGGCGGAUAAGUGUGGAAACAGCACGAAUAUUAGCCAGAAGACUAUCAGUGACGAAGUGAUCGUAGAAAUGCAGGUGGACCCAGAAGGAGUGCCAGCACAAGAACACAGGUCCAUACUGUUAUGUGAUAAAGAAAAUUUUGGACCAGUAAAAUCGAGUAUAGCUUGGAAUUGGUCAAAGGAAGAAGACAUCGUGCCUGGAACUGAAACUGUGGUCCUCUGGGCUGUUAGUGACUUCACAGGGCCUCUGUGGGCGGAUGCGGACGCGCUGGUAACAUUGCCACGCGGUUGCGGAGAACAGAACAUGGCACGUCUCGCGACCAAUCUGCUCGCAUUAAGUUAUCUACACCCUCAGUCACAGCAGGCGGCUACGGCAAAGGAACAUGUUGCGAGAGGGUUCACCAGACAACUCCAGUACGUGCAUCCGUCAGGAGGUUUCAGUGCAUUUGGUCCGGCAGACCCCAUAGCUUCGACUUGGCUGACUGCGUUCUGCAUCCGGUAUCUAAGGAGAGCGCAUCAGGUAAUAUUCCCGGAUAGUCCGCAGCCCCCUGCUAUACAGCGUGCAGAAAGAUGGCUUCUGUCACAACAGAUGGAGAACGGCUGCUUCAGAAAUGAGGGACAAGUAUUUCACAAGGAACUGAAGGGUGGACUCAAUGAUGAUGGCGAAACAGCAAGCAUAGCGCUUACAGCCUACGUCAUAACAUCUCUGAUCGAAAGCUCCCUCCCAAUACCCUACAGAAUCAUACAAAACUCCCUCUCGUGUCUCCGAGCCUUGCCUCCCAAAAAGACUCCCCCAAAACUUUACGCAUACAGCAUUAUUACCUAUGCUUUUAUGCGGUUGCGACGGUAUGAGAAGGAGUUGAGACUAACAAACGAGGCACUAAGUUUGGAUGGAGUGGCAUCAGGGCUGACGAUGGAUGAAGAGAUGAAAGGGCUGGUUGGGUUUCUGAAGGUUGCGAAAAGAAGUACGGACUACGUUUGGUGGGAGAGUGGUAGCUUAGCAACGACUGUGGAGUCCACGGGAUACGCACUGCUCGCGCUGUCGGAAUGUCCGAACCACUUACUCGACAGCUGCUCCAGCGAUGCUCGCCGAGCCAUACUUUGGCUCGCCACGCACAGAACUGCCGCGGGAGGAUUUGUUUCUACUCAGGAUACCUUGGUAGCCCUCGAAGGUCUAGCGCGCUGGUCGUCCAUUUUGCCCUCGGACACCAAUCUCACGUUAAGAGCCGAAUGCGGAGUUAUUAGCAGAUCCGUCAAUAUUUCAUCAAAUAGUAAAGUACCUGAUCUUCUAAAGAUGCCCAUCGGAGGUCUACGUUUGUCAGUGCAAGGUACCGGAUGUGCUCUUAUCCAAGGGACACGUUUUUACAACACGCUCUCCACCCACGAUCGAACGGAAAAAUCUCUGCAGGUUCAGACCAUCGUACGAACAGACGGCACUUACAACUGCGACACAACGUGCUUCUGCGCUGCUGUUGUCGAGGUAUGCGCUGUAUGGAGUGGGGAGUUUCCUGAGAUGGCGCUACUUGAAGUGACUCUACCGGGGGGCUUCGCUGCAGACGCCGCACUCUUGUACUCACAGCUGCUUCCUAAAGAUAAGUUACUGCGUCGUAUAGAGAUAUCAGCGAGUAACAGUCGCGCCACCUUCUACCUCGGCGCCAGAGACGACUCCUCGCGAGGUGGUCACCACUGCUACAGGCUUCACGCGGUGGGCCCUGCGGCGAAAACCAAGCCAGCCCACGCUAAGAUCAUGGACUAUUACCGACCCGAUGUUAAUCAUGUUCAGAUGUUUACAAUACCCGAAAACUGUCCGCCACGUAUUUCACACGAUGCUACGGAUAAUACUGCAUCGGAUAAUAUAUUCAACAGAGCUAAGUCGUUAGACGGAGAAAUAUUAAUAAGUCAUGAUUUUUUAUUUGAAGAUAUCCCUGAAGGAGUACCCAUGGAAGAUCCACUAUACGAUAAUCUGACCAUGCAGACUGAUGAUAAGGAUACUUAUGAAAUAACCAAAGAAAAUUAUUUUGAUAAGGCAACUAUGCAAAACAACUCAAAAAAUGAUAAGAGCUCUAUUGACGAUGAAACACUUACUAUAAAAAAGGAAAUAGAUGUCCAACAUUCUCAAAGCAAUAUAACAAAAUUUAUCCAUCUUACCCAUCGAAAAGAGGAAGUCAUUAAAAAUAUCCCGAUUCAACACUUAUCUAGCAUCUCAAAACAUAAACCUGAUAUUAAACCCGACAUCGAAAACAGUAUUACGGAAGAUUUAAGAAUUAAUAAUAAAGAAAAAAAUAAUAAGAAUAAAUAUAGCAAUCAUAGUUACAUAAACAAAACAAACGACGUGACUUCUCAUGAUGAUCUAAGCAUAGUUAAAGGUACUAUUGUUGAUGAAAAGCAUAAUCUGAACAAAGAUUUCGCUCAUAAUAUAUCAGCUGAUAAUAAACAAAAUGAAAACAAAUUAGACCCACAAAAGGAUAUCGGCGGAUUCGAUGUAGUUCAAGUUACACAAAAUAAAAAUGAAAAAGAUACAGACGAUAAAAGGUCGCAAGAUAGAACUCCUAGCUACGAUAAGUUUUCAAACUUCCAUUUAAUAGAUUCGGAGAGAGAUUUAGAAGUGCCUAGUGGAAUUGAAGGGCCAGUGCCGGCUUUUGUUUUACCACCUCCAAACUUUAUGUAUACGCCGAGAUCGGACGAGGCACCGGUACAAGAAAAUAAGCAGACACCAGAUGAUACUUUUAAUCCGUAUGAAAUAUAUUAUCCAAAUUUAAUCAAUAGAGAUCUUAGAAGACCCCUUUAACGGAAGCUACACAAAGACUGAAGAUUAUUAUAAUUCGUUGUUAAGAUAAUAAUUUAUUUAAAUUAAUAAACAGCACAUGCUGGAAAGAAAUAAAGUGAUUAUAAGAUGUAA